GGGGUGGGGAUGUGAGUGGUGGUCCAGGGGCGAGGGCAGGGGACUAUGUCUGUGGGGAAGGGGGUUCUGUUAAGUUUUCCGCCCCUGGGCGGGAGGGAGCGGCGGGGUAAGCAGCCUAAGAGGACUAGGGGGCUCCCCAAGGCUCAGGGCGCCCCUGGCAAGACCGGGUUCCGCGGGCGGUCGCCACUGGAGCAGGGUUACGAGGGGGCGCCGAUGCUGCGAGAGAAAACCUGGGGACCUUGGAACGGCCUCAUGGUGAUUGGGAAGAGAGUGGAGCUUCUGAGUAGAAACACUCAAAAGCCGAAGCUGGAGUCUGAGUACUGGAGACUGGAAGAUGUGGAAAAGGAGGUCUUGAAAGAGAAAUCAGGCCCGAGUCAGGAAAGGAUGGUUAUAAAGCUGCUGCACCGCAAGCUUCAGUAGAUUUGGGGACAGACAGCCCAAGGGAGAUUUGGGGAAAGCAAGAAGUCAAACACAAAGUAAGGGCUAAAUCUAAGAGUGCAGGGAUGACAGCAGGGCCUAUGAGGGGGUCUGGGUUUGAAGAGAGGUCAAGGUCUGCUUGGGAGAAGGUAAGGACCAGUGGAGAGGACUUGAGAUCCAGAGGCUAUAAACUGGGGCAGAAUGAGAAGGUGCUGAGGCCAUGUGUGGACAAAAAGAGAUCAAGUGUAGAGAGGCUGAGGUCUAGUAGUGAGAAGCUGUUGUCCAGGGAAGAGAAGUGGGAGUCCAGUGGAGUGAACCUGAGGUCCAGUGGCGGAAAGCUGAGAUCAAGGGGAGAGAAUCUGAGAUCAAGUAGAGAGAACCUGAGAUCGAGUGGAGAGAACCUGAGAUCGAGUGGAAAGAAGCUGAGAUCGAGUAGAGAGAAGCUGAUAUCCAGGGGAGAGAACCUUAGAUCGGGUAGAGAGAAUCUGAGAUCAAGUGGAGGGAAGCUGGGAACCCGUGGAGAGGAGCAGAGAGAAGCUGAGGUUGAGUGGAGAGAAGCUGGGGUCAAGUGUGGAGAACCUGAGAUCUAGUGAGGAGAAGUUGGGGACCAGUGGGGAGAAGUUGAAGGGUUCAGGAAUGGGGAGCAUAAAUGAGAACAUUGAAAAGUGGUAGAAGUUACUGGUGAUGAAAGUGAUGGCAUUUACUGAUGAUGAGAUGGAAAUUCCUUUUGAAAGUGUCAAAGAGAGUGAUGAACUGCAAGGGACUGAGGAAGGAGUGGGAGUUGAGGGGGCGUCUUGCAUGAAGUGAGAGACAUUACUGAUAAAUCCGUUUCUAUGGAAAAGAAAGAUGUUAUAGGUGAAGGUACCAGUGAAUGAGGCAGAUGAAGAGUUGACACCAAAGAAGGAAGUAGGGGCAGACGGGGGAAGUACAGAAAGAGGAGAAAUUAGAGCCAGGCAGAACAUUAUUGACACCAAAGGGGUAAAGUUGAGAGAGGAAAUGAGAGAGUCUGAGCCUAAAAUAAAAGAGAAUGGAAGUGAGUUAGAAGAGCUGCAGGGGCUGAAGGCAGAGACCAGAAUCAAAGGACACAGAGGAGUGUGUGGUACAGAGAGAAGUGAGAACAUGUGGAGGAGAAUGAAGACGCGGUAACGUGUUGACAGAGGAAACUUGGGUAUUGGGAGAAAAGCUGUGACUGGGGAGCUCAUAGGGAAAUGUUUGAGAAAAGGAUGGAGGAUGGGCUAGAAGGAUUUAGUCUGACACAUGAUGGGGUGUAUGAGAUGGAGGAGAAUUGCACCAGGAUAAAGGGUAGAUUUUGAGGAUUGUGGAAGAAGGUGCAGGCUGAAGUAGGCAAAAUUUCUGAAAAAGGAUCCUGAAGAAUGAAGGGCUCCCAAGUGACAAAAGCAGGAGGAGAGGAGAUAAGAAAGAAGUGAGGAAAAAACAUAAGAAGCCACAUGCUAUAAUGGUGAUUGUGUUUAUUGUUCCCGUAGUUCUUCAACUGGAAGUUGAGGCUAGAGGUCCUGCCUUCUCUUUGUCCAUUGCAUUCAACACCGCCUGAUUCAGAGCUUUCCUACUGUAGCUGUUAACAUUCAUCUCUCCCCACUAGGAGAUCUCUGCCAUCCCGAGAUCAUCACGCCUAGCCUCCUCUGGAAACUCUGAGUGCUGGGAAUUGCCUCUCUUAAAAGAGGCCCACACAGUAUGAGGUCAUACUCGGGCAGUUUUUGGCUGUGUGAAAAUUGCACCGCACAGUAUACAAAUGACAAACCAAACAAUUAAAUUCGUCCUUUGGCUGGAUUGCAUCUUCUCCUGGGAUCUAGAUGCAUGUCACCAGGGCCACAGAAAGAAAAAUGAAGCUCAAGAUACCGUGACAAAUGCCAACAGCCUUGUGACAGGGAAGAUGACGCCAUCAGAUCUGUGCUUCACGUAGAGAAGUCCAAAGCAGAGAUGGAGUCACCCAGGUGUAAGCCACCACACCUGACCAAGGAGUUGGAUUUCUUAUGAGAAGAAUAUUAUGGCUGUGUGUCCCAGAGAAGGCACUGUGUCCCCAUUAGGGUCAUUCACCGAAAGGAGAGCCUUGAGGACAAAGGAAUCUUCUACAAACAACGUUGGGAGGGAGGAGUGGAGUUUGCAGGUGACUCUAGAGGACCCCCAAAGUCCAAUGGGAUUCAUCGCUUUGUUGUCUGAGUGAGGAAAGGUGACCGGACCUAGGCUGAGAGGGGCUGGGAAGCUGCAGCAGCGGCGCUGAAGCCUGAGACGAGGACAUGUUCUAUUAUGCCAACUAAUUAUACCCACUGAAGGGCACGUCACAUUUUCUGGGUGGCCAAAAAUCCAUUCUUAGAAGAAAAAAGUCUGUGAACUGCUGCACUGGCAAUUGACAAAGACUUGGAAGCCAACACAUUGAAGAGAGAGAGCCAGCCUCACACCUGGAAUGGAUCCCUCUGUGUUUCUGCCACAAUUUGCCAGUUUGAUGCCAAUGGAUGCUUGCUGUUUAUGUGCGCAUGUCUAUGCUGUUCGGUUAUCUUCUGAGUAAUUUCGAGUUUUAAGAAUAUGUUGGUGAAGUCAACGAUGAACGAGUCCAGAAGAUGUGGUUCCCGGGGCCCCGCUUAAGAAGACGAGGACCCCUCCCAACCCUACCCCUGCCUGUCCACAUGGCCCUUCCUCCCCACCAUCCACCAUGGGAGCCUCCUGUGCCACAACAUGGCUGUCAUCCUUCUGCGUGGACACGUGCCCUGCCUCCUGGAGAGAGAGGCUCCUGCCCUGGCGGCCCCAUUUGUAGAAUGACCACACCCCGAGGCCGCAGGAGGACAAAGUGGAAGACUGGCUCAAUUCUCUGUGUUUGCACUAGACCCUGCUGCUGGGUCUGGACCCCUGCUGCCAGAAGUCUGCCCUACGAAGCCAUAGAGACUGGGUUUCACCGUGCUGGUCAGGCUGGUCUCAAACUCCGAACCACAGGUGAUCUGCCCACCUCGGCCUCCCAAAGUGCUGGGAUUACAGGUGUGAGCCACUGUGCCCGGCCCUAACAUUGCCUUUCAUUUGAAGGCUUGGAGUGGGACAGUCAAGAAUGAGCCUCCAAACAGUCAGUACUCAACUUGUCAUUGGAUUUGUAAACCUAUUUCGUCUGGGUGGACUGAAGAGCGUGGUACCCUCUGAGGAUAUCUGGGGCCACACCGCGGUGGAGUCAAGAGUGGCACUGCGACAACCUAGCUAAUCAGUUAUGAACAUGAGGGGCUCAUGAUUCACGAGCCUGCCCAUCUGUCUUGUGCAGGGUGGGGACCCAUCUAACUGGAACCGCCACCCAGCGUCUCCCAGGCUCCUUAGAUGACAAGCUGUGGCAUCCUUGUCCACCCAACUCAGUCCCCAAGCAUUUUGCCAAAACAUCAGUAAACAGGUGUAGGUGAAGGAAGUCACGGGUGUCUGCAUUUUGUGCCGUUUUCUCUCCUUCCCGGUGCUCAGCACACCGCACACCAGGGGUUCUCAUCAGGGGCCGCACGUUCACUCCUCAAGGGCAGAGGCCGCCAGACACCUUCCUCUUAACUCAGAAUAAGUUUAUUUUUAUUUUUAUUUCUAAUUUUAAAAAAUUGUUUUUUCCUGGGACAGAGUGUCAUUCUGUUCACACAGGCUGGAAUGCAGUGGUGUCAUCACAGCUCAGUCUAGCCUCAAACUCUGGGCUCCGACGAUCCUCCCACCUCAGUCUCCCAAGCAGCUGGGACUACAGGCACCCGCCACUGCAUCUGGCUAAUUUUUAAUUUUUUUGCAGAAACAGAAUCUCACAAUGUUGGUCUCAAACUCCUGAGCUCAUGUGAUCCUCCUGCCUCAGCCUCCCGAGCUGCUGGAAUUACAGGCAUGAGCCACCGCGCCCAGCUAGUUUAUUUUUAUAUUCUAGAUUACUGUGGACUGGAAAAUCCAAGAGUUUGCCUGAACACUAUGGGAAGAUUGUCUCUCACUGGCGGGGAGCUCAGCGUUCAGCAGUCAGGGUGAAUUCAGCCGCGGCAGCUGCUGCUCUUCUGGCCAAAGCUAAACCAGACAUGGAUGUUACUGUUCGCUGGGUCCAGCAUUUGUUAGCGCUCUCUGCCUCACAGAGCAGCUCAUUACCUAAUCUCCACCGUCAUCCUACAUUGCUGUUACUUCCACUUUAUAGACAGUUUGACCGUCCUUGUCUAUACAGUGACAGUAACAGUGCCAGCCUCUAGGGGUUGCUGGGAGAGUAAAUGAGAUGCCAUGUGCAAUAUGCCAGACAGAUGGCAGACAACCCCACAUUUAUACAAACGUGGAGAGACAAAAGCCAUGAGCCCUGUGUCCCGUCACGUGGGGCCAGCCUUGUUUCACCUCUGCCUUCCUACUGCCCCCAUGCCUUGGAUUAUUUGAAGGAAUCCCGAGAUGCUGCCGGCUACCUUGGAAAGAGCUGCUUGAGAGGAACUGCACCAGCCUGACAGUGGCAGCCAGCACAGGGUGGCAUGGUUUCCAGGCUGCCCCUCUGCUGGCAUUCCAGAUUCUGCUUGUGUUGUGUGGGUGGCUACGUCACUGGAGACUCCUCCUGAGGUCCCAGGCACUCACUCCUCUGGCUCAUCUGCUGUUCGAUCCCCUCUAUUCUCUCUCCAUGCCCUCCCUACCCACAGGGUCCAAGGAGUGAGGAAGGGCCCAAGGGUACCAUGAGCCUCAGGAGAGCUCCGGCUGGCUCCCGCCAACCACCCAGCAUAGGUCUUGGCUAUUCCCCUCGUUACAACACAUGCCUGGCCUCCAAGGAUGGGAGAGGCAGGCCUGCCCUGCUGCCAGUUCUCCCCAGUCUUUUGGCACAAGGACACUGUGAAGAGGACUAUUCUGCUAGGUGAGGGUCAUCUUCUAGUAGGAGGCUGAUCCAGAUCCUGGAGCUUCCAGGAAUGCAGACCCAGACGGGACGGCCGUGCUGCCUAUGCUCUCCCUGGAAGCAGGGCAUCCCUGCUGCCUGGCGCACUCCUCACGGCUGUGUACUGCUGAAUGCCGGCGGCUGCUCAGCCAGGCCCUGGCCUGGACACUAACAGGGGCUGGAGACAGCAAACCUGGGCAAGUGCCUCAGGGAAGAGUCAACCACUGUGCCCGACUCCAGACUUCACUCUUGAUGGCACGACAGGAGGCCAGGAGGCAGAGCUGAACUGGGCCCACGUGUCCCUGCUUAGCCCAGGACUUCUGUGGAAGAGCUGGCUCUUCCUAUAGCUCCCCCCUUGCCUCUUGGGGCCAGAAAUGAAACUAAACAGCCCAGGGGCACAGACUGUGAAGAACUCCAGCCCCACAUCCCUCCUCAUUGCCACCAUCUGUACUCCAGCUCAGUCCAGUCCUCUGCAGACUGUGGCCCAGGUCCUAGGCAUGCGGCAGAGCGGGGCUGCCCCGACCACCGCUGCUGUACCGCCCUCCCGCCCUAUUAAGGACCGCUCGCCGGGGCAUGUCGGGCUGGGCGCCCUCAGCAGCGGCAGCACCGAUACCUGGCAGCCCUUGGAUGCAGCCACACCCGUGGCAAACACCUCACGCCAAACGGGCCAGGUGGAGACCAACAGGAACCUCUACCCUCCUCUGCCUGUCAGUACUGGAUGGUGUGAGCGAGGCCCCCCAGCCGCACCACAGCGGGGCAGGAGACAGCAGGGGGUCUCUAAGGAACCUGGCAGGAAGCUCAGAACUCAAACACUCCCAUGUUCCCGGGCCCUCCACUGGAAAUGGGGUCAACGCUUAGCUGGUCACAACGUGCCAGGAGUCUACGAGGUGAACGGAAACGUGCCCAGUUGGCUCUGGGGUCAUGGUUGGCUGGUGAUGGAAUGGCCCAGCCGGGGGACAGACCAGCACAAAACGCACCCCCACUCUCCAGCCAUCGGAGGCACCCAAGCAUGGGCUGAGGACAUUCCCUUUCGCAUUGCCAAAAACUGUGGGAAAACUCUCCAGUGGGCCACAUGGCUUUCAGAGGCAAAAUUAAGUUCUCGAUCUUCUACCCUUGACCCCACGGAUUCUCCCCUUGCCAGAGGGAGGAGGGCAAAUUCUCCUUCUCCCUUCACCCUUGAGAUUAGACCCCUGCCACCCAUCCUGGAUGAGCCUACAGAGAGAGCCGGCAGGUCUCUCUCACCUGGAUGGUGGCAGCAGGUGGCCUGGACCACCCAGAGGCCCUCCCCUGCACCUGACAGGACAGCCCCUGGGGCCCGAGUCUCCCCUGCCACUUCCACUGUGGCCACCAAAACUGUGGCAGAGAAAAUUGCCAGGACACAAAGAAGUCAGUGAUGUCUACGGAAUUUCUUUGUCCUUUGUAAAAGUCAACACAUGAUCUGUUACUGAUUGGGAUGUGAAAUAAAACAAAAUACCAGCGCACGGAGUCUGGCUCAAAGCUCAGCUCACCUUUACCACAGUCCAAGUUCAGUUUAUCAGAUCCCAAGGAGCAGCUAAGCAGCAAGUCAAACACAGGUGAGGGCGGAGGGCAGAGGCAGGAGGGGGCUCUGGCCCUCUGCACCCCCCUGCUCCACCCCAGGUAGAGAACCAGCCAGCUCACCAGGGAGUGUGGCCAAGCAAGAAGCUAUAAACAGAAUCCUGAGCCCACACCCUCAUCUGCCUCGGGUGAGGAGGCCACUCACUUCCCUUUUUACCUUAGUUUCCCCACUGGGGUAAUCAGGGACUUCUGGCACAUUCCCUCGUUUUAAGGAACUGUGGAGGAAGGGUCCCCUUGAGAUCAGGUUAAGCCGUGAAACCUCCUGCCAGGGCCACAGGCCACUGGAUCCUGGCAGGUCAGGCCACAAAGACCUCACCACAACACUGACUCUCUCCAACAGCUUAUUCAAGAGGGAAACUGAGCAAAAGCCCUCACAGGGCCCCUCAUUGCUGCCCUCAUUUCCCCACUUUCCUACAAGGCCUGAGGCGGUGCCAGGGAGUCUGCAGAUCAAGGGUCAAAGUCAGUUGGUUAAUUACCUUCUCCCCUCCCCCCUCGGAGGGGCUGGGCCGGGCGUUCAGAGUGUCCCCGCCCCGCCCCCAAAGCCUGGGGAGGGGUCGUUCGGAAGGAAGCUGGGUUUCUCCAGACCAAAGGCUUUGUUGGGGUGGGGGGAGGACAGAAGGGGCAAGAGUGUUCUUGGGGCGUGCAGAGGAAGAUGCCGCUGGAGGAAGAAGCAACUCGGGUUACUCAUUCACAGUCGACGCUGUCUAGGCGUCUGCCAAAAAUAACUGGGGGCACCAGCUUCCCCCAGCCUGGUCCCCCACUGUGGGGUGGGUUCCCUUCAGCUGCUUUCCACGUAAUUGUGUCCUCCACAAGGUGAAGAAAGUGCGUUUCUAGCAGAGGUGAGACCCGAUCCACCUCUACCUUAAGGGCAAGCGGGGCGCAGCGGGAGUCUCGGCGCACUGCGCGGGACCAAGGAACCUGAGCCCCACGAGAACAUGAGGGCCCACGCCCUCCACCGGCCCGACCCUCACUCCCGGCCACCAGUGUUGUGGGGGAGGAGGAAGGACCUGUGGGAGCCGCUUGAGCCCUGAGUCUUGUAGCACAAAUCUCGGCCGAAACUCCAGCUCGAUCCCCGCCCCCCAAAGUGGCAUCGCUCCAGUGCCCUCCUCCCGCCUCUUGAAAAGUCCGGGUUUUCUGGAUUUACGACGUGGGAGCGGAGGGUCGCCUGGGCGGUGACACACCCCGCUGCCUCCUCUGCGCUGCAGCUCAGGAGGUGGGGAGAGGCGGUCUCGCUCCCCUCUGCCGGGGGAACGGCUCCCAGUCCACCGCGCAGCCCCCGCCCCCACCGGCGCUCUUCCGCUGCCCCCGCCCCCUGCCCCCCGGACCGAGAGCCGCGGGUCCACCCGGCCUGGGCCGCAGCCGAAUUCAGCUCCAGCGCCCACACCACGCUGCCGCCGGGCUCCGUGUACCUGCGCCCGCCGGCCCGCAGCCUCGACGCCGCCGCGGGCGCCCAGGCCGGAGGGCGGCUGGAGCCUCACCUGGCACGUAGAUCUCGCCGCGCUCCUCAUCGGGGAGCUCGCUCCAGUUCCUCUUGCACGUGGAGACGCACGGCUUCUUCACUAGGAACGCGCGGGGCAUUUUCGAACUCUUGUCACUGGGCACCGGCCGCUUCCGUAACUGAAGCCGGGAGCGGUCCCACCUUUGCGGGGCCGGGCUGGUCGCCGGGAAUGGGGCACAGCAGGGAAAGAGCGCUAAGGCGCCCCCACGUUCCUGGACGGUCUGAGCGCGGAUCGCGCGCGCCGGUUCCAACAACGCGGAGUGCGGUCGUCCUCCCUGUGAACCAGGUCCCUUGCGGCCAGGUGCACCGGGCGGCGGGGGAAGCGGCAGGUCCUGAGUUCUUGUCCUGAGACCAGGAAGAAUAAAGCACAUGGACAACUGGAGGAUGAGCAAAAUGGAGAGGAGCUUCACUGAGCAACUGAACAGCUCUCAGGAGACCCAAAGUGAGUAGCUCCUUUCUGCAGCCAGGUUGUCUCCACAAAUGUCCAGCUCUCAGCAGAGAGGAGACCCCCAGUAGGUGGCUCCUUUCUGCAUGGAGGUCAUCAUGAAGAGUCCAAGAGCCCCAAAGAGUGUAGCUCCUUCCCUCUGCUGGCAGUCCUGAAGUCGGUUGGAGUCUGCCUGAGUCCUGGGUGUUGAUGGGCUCAGAAGGGAGCAAGUCGUGCUGAUUGGUCCAUGAAUGGCCAUGGGCAAGCCUGGAAAAGAACACCAUAAAUUUUCACUUCUGAAUUCGGACUCCACCCAGAACUGGCAGCCCAGUCCCCAGGCUUCAGGCGGUCCCUGACUUGAAGGUAGGGUUUCACUGGACCCGCCCCUUUCCACCCAGGAGCCAGUCUGCCUCCUGCCACCAUCAACAUGCUGUCCACAGUGCCCAGGAUGUUCUUGCUGAGGGGCAUCUGCAUGCCUGAACGCAGCUGGCCUUGGCCUCUCUCCCAUGCUUAUCAGUGCCCAAAGUCUGGAGGCAGCUGAGGCAGCAGGGAGCUGGUGUGUCAGUGCCCAGGCUCGGCCACAACUUCACCCCAGCCCAGAGCGGGUGCCAGGAGCAAGGAGAGGCCAGGGAAUGGGAACAGACACUUUCAAGCCUUUGAGGGCAAGAGGCUUCCUGGGCCUCCAAAAGCACAGGGAAGCCCAGGUCUGGAGCUGUGACUGGGUCACUGCAGCUGCACCAGGGGCUCGGGCUCCUGCCCCACCAACUCAGUAGGGGGCAAGACGUUUUCGGAUUCCCCAGCAGGAGCCGGCUCCUUGGCGCUCACGGCCUUGCUGUGCUUCCUCCACUGCACCUCCUUUGCUACAACUCCCAUGCUGCAGCCUGCAUCUUCACAGCUGUGGCUCCAGAGGCGGCCACAGGAGAAGCCAAGGGAGGAGUAUUCAAGAACUCUUUGUACUACUUUUGCAAGUUCUCUGUAAGUCUAAAACUAUGUCCAAUGAGAUAUGAAAAAAGUAAUGAGAUGGUGCUAUGGUCUAAACGUUUGUCUCCCUAAAAUUUAUAGGUUGAAAUCCCAACCCACAAUGUGAUGGAACUAGGAGACAGGGCUUGGGGGGAGAUGAUUAUUCAUGAGGAUGGAACUGUCAUCAAUGAGAUCAGUGCCUUUAUUAAAAAGGGCCCGGAGAGCUGCCUUGCCCCUUCCACCAGGUGAGGCUGCAGCAAGAAGACGCAGUCUGUGAACCCAGAAAUGGUCCUCCCCAGAUACCAAAUCUGAUAGUGCCUUGAUCUCGAACUUCCCAGGCUUCAGAACUGUGAGAAAUAAACUUCCGUUCUUUAUAAACCA